UCUCAUCCACAUCUGUGCCCCAUCCUUGGCUUUCAUCACUUAGGCCCCAUUACACAGCCUCCACUGUCUUGACAUAUAUAUUAACCUCUACCUCCUCUCCAACUCCUCUAUACUCAAAGACCCACCUCCAAAAAAUGAAUGGGUAUCCAAAGAUGAAGUUCCUUAGAUGUAGAAGCACCAAAUCAAGAUCCAUGGAUUUUGCAGAUCUCCUGUCUUUCCCUCAAACCCCAAAAAAUACCCAAAACCCCACCUCCAAAACCCCAUAUGCUAACAAACCCACCACUGCCCAUGACUCAGUUUCUGACCCAGAUGAUGAAGAUGGGAUAAAGGGUGGGAGCUUUGGUGGGGUUUUGAGGAGAAACAGCUCUGUUACUUCUGCUGCUUCACUUCAGUCUGCUGUGAAAAGGGCCUUCUCUAUGAGAAGAUCUUCAUCAGUCUCUGAAAGGUAUUGUAGGAUCCAUGACCAGUCUGCAACUGCCUUCUUACAAUCACCUCCCAAUAAUAUUGAUGAUGAAGAAGCCAUGGAUGGUGGUACAAUGAAGACAAGAUCCAUGGAGAAGAAGAUGAAGAAGAAGCAGAAGAAUGGUAAGAUCUUCAAAGCCUGUAAGCGCCUUUUUGGACUUUGAGGACCUUUGUUUUUCUUUUCUUUUCUUUUCUUUUCUUUUUUAAUGUUUUUCUUUUUUUUAACAUGGAGUGAAUGAAAUGAAUCUACUUUUGCUCUUUUUCUUCAAAUUAAAAAGAGGAAAAAGUCAGCUGCUUUGUACUGUUUUCUUUUCAUUUUUACACACUUCUACUAUUGGGUGUUUUGAUCC